UGCAAAUCCAUCCCUGCAACUCUGCCUGUUGGACAGGCAGAGUUGCAGGGAUUACGCCGGGUACGCGCUACAAUUGAGACAUUUAAUCGGCAUCUGUCCGUCUGCUUUCCUAACACCAUCGUCCCCACCAAAACAAAGUAUUCUCGUCAUGGCUUCUAUACAGAAAAUAUUAGAAGCUGUUACAACUUUAUCUACGAUACAGGACGAAGACAAGCAAAGUCUUUUAAUACAUCGCAAGGAACUCGAAUCGGCUAUCAACAACUUGCAAGACGUGCUGCAAUCUUCCAACUGUACAACCCAGUCGGCCCAAGGAAUAGCUAUACCACCACGAGCCACUCUAUCAGAUACAACCAAACAAGGUCAUCUUAACAAACUACUUCCCCCAGACCCGUCCAGUCCAGGGCUAUGUGGAAAUACGCUAGAAGACCUUCCCCACUCGGUAAAAGCAGUGCUCAAAACGCUAUCGAAGAGACUCCAGCAGAUAAGAACCUGCACGUACAGACCGGAAGGACUCGCCAUUCCCAACGAGUUGACCACAGAAGAUCCUCGUGUUGUUGAUAUUUUUCUUGUGUGUGGGAGAAGAAAUCUAGAAGAUUUCUUUCGCGCGGGCUUGAGCGCCCUAUCCCUGGCAGAUGACUACGCGGACUGGGCAGAAGCUGUCGCAUAUCCUUCGAGGUUAGAUGCAUUGUCUAAAGAUUUAGACACGAAAGACGGAGCGCACUAUUUGAAGUACACCAAAGCUUGCUCAAGGUUCGCAGAUCCCAAACGGGCAAGUGUUUAUAUCGAAUAUGGCAUAAAAUAUCGGUUCUUCGAAAGACUUUGUAUGAUACGCUCCCAGGGCCCGACAUGCAAUGAUGUCAGUACCCUUCCACACAGACAACUGGGUUUCACUUCACUAUUGUUUUUUGCAUGGACGUCUUUUUAUCGCUGCAGGUAUCAGGACUUGCCUGCACUUGCUAGUGCUCUUCUUGCGACCGAGGAGUUUCGAAAGAUCGCCGAGAAAAGCAACGAAGAGAUAGAACUCUGUCUCAAAGCGCAUAAGGGUAAGGCUGCCCGCUUGUUCCACUACUAGAUACUGACAGCUUGGAAAGAUCAAGCCACAAGAUUGGGGCAAUCCCGAAAACGCAUCCUACGAGAUAUCCUAACCGACGAGGCUACUGAAGAACAAAGAAAACGUCAAAGACCGGAGCAUUUUAGUUCC